CUCGCGCUGUACAGUACCUCCGCGAGGCGCUGAUCACGAGAGGAAUGGGCAUACGGGACGCGUCGUUGGAUUCGCACAAACCUCCUCAAAAUGCCAACUUUCUCCGUCAUGUACAAGGGAGCUGUCAUGAUUAGCAGGACACUGAUGGGUCCUUAUGGAGUAGAUCGAGCAGUGCAUUCUAUGGAAUUUAUAGAUUGUGAAAAUGGAUUAGGUAUUAAAGUGAUUGGAGGUGUGAAAGAACUAACAGGAGAAGAAUAUGGAGUUUAUGUGAAGAGGAUUUUACCUGGUGGCAUUGCUUCAAAUGAUGGAAAUCUGCAGCCUGGAGACCAAAUCUUAGAAGUGAACGGUGAAAGUUUGAUUGGCGUCACAAGUGAGAGAGCGGUGGAUAUUCUCAGAGCAGCUUCCUUAACCAAUCACAUGCGCCUUCUGAUAGCCAGAGAUGAGGAAGCCAGGCAGGAAUUUGCGGAGCUUCUUGAAAAAUACGGAUCCACUGGCAGCACAGGAUCUACCAGGAAUUCUCCAAUUCAACAUACAGGCAGAUACUUGGAAAGCACGUCAUCAGGGUCCUCGUCCAGAUCUCAGAGUCCACUGUUGCUCAGUCCUGCUGGCUCUCAAAGUCCUUAUAACACUUCUGGACCCCUGCUACGCUCCCUAAGUCACCCAGGUGAAGGGGUGAUUCAACUCGUAACAAUUGCUCGCUCCUGCAGUCUUGGCAUUACCAUCGGCGGUGGUUCUAAUAGGCCCGACGGCCCUGCGGUCUUCAUUCAGGAAGUGCUGUCUGGAGGAGACUGCCAUCGGGAUGGACGGCUCAGACCUGGAGAUCAGCUUAUCGCCAUUAACAAGGGGUCAUUGAUAGGCAUCACGUAUGAAGAGGCAAAAAGUGUCCUCAACAAAGUCAAAAUCAGUCAGGAGCAGGUGGUGGAUAUUGCCUUCAUUCCAGGAAAAGGAACUUUCUCCACCAGCCCGUCUUUACAUAACGGGGUUCAGAGGGGGGUUGGGAACGGAUGCAGCUCUAGCCGGUUAAAGGUUCACGUCCGAUCUCCCGAGAUGCGACAAGAGGAAACUGCCCCCGUGCUUUCAUCCUCCCCAGAUAGCUGCCCUCCGGACACACAGGCUUCAGCCACUGCACAGAGAUCAGCCACUGUUUCCAAACCCAAGAUCUCUCUGGACCCCCAUAUACGGCUUAAAUCAGAAAAAGUUGAUCUGGCUCUGUCAUAUCUGGGCCUAGAUGUUACAGAAGAAAAGAAAAGGCAGCUGAGAGAGAGUUUGACUACAGACCCUCAGGGGACUGUCUCAUAUGGAGACUUUGUGGACGCAACUCGCAGUGUUUAUCAAGAGAAGCUGGAGGAGGCGGGACUUGGACAAGGACCUUUUAUGUUCUCCUAUCAGGAAGCAGCUAGUUUGAUGGACACCUCCGCCUUUCACUCCCCUACCUAUGAGUCAGAGUGCAGCUACAGCAGCGAAGAGCUGGAAGAGUUUCAGAAUGAAGUCAAACAACUCCAGGUGCAAAUGAAGCAGCUCAAGGUGUUAUUAAAAGACACGGAAGAAAGUAAGAAGACUUUGGAGGAGGAACUGCAGAAGACAGCUGAGAAGGCCACAGCCACAGUGGAGGAGAACCAGUCUUUGAAGAGUAAACUGCAGGUAGCAGAAGCCGUUCAGAGACAGACUAACAGUGCCGAACAGGAUUAUGAAGAGGUCAUUCAGCUGCUGGAGGCUGAAAUCAAAGAUCUAAAGAACCAGCUAGCCGGAAAGAAUCAGAGGAGCCUGGGCGCUACCAAAGAAGAUGUGAUGGAUCUCAACAGGAGGCUCACCAUCAUCGACAGCCAGUUGAGAAAGUCUGAACUGACCAGAAAACACCUGGAGAUAUCCAACAAGAAGCUCAUUGGGUUUGCCCAGAAUGUCCACAACGUUCUCACCUGCACCAGCUUGUUUGGGAUAGAAAGCGGGAGCCCACGAGCAUUUCCGGCGACUGAAGUCCCAGACAUGCCCUCCCCCAUCCCUGACCCCGCCUGCCAGCUCGCAGCUGAGGCCAAACAGCUUGUGGAUGGUGUCCGCUCACUUUGCACUGAGGAUCACACAUUACGGCAGUGUGUGGAAGGAGGCGGCGUGAAGGCUGAGGAGGACUGUGAUUCAGAUGUCCUUCACUGGCCACAGCCUCCUCUCCUCUGAGCUCCUGCAGAAGAGUUUCAGUAGAGGACCUGGGAUGGACAAAGACUGGAGUGAUUCUCCGAACAUCAAGACUGAACUGAAACAAAACUGGAAAAUAAGAGACUGAAGUUUUCCUUUUUGUUCAAGCGUUCAGUUUUUUGUUCGAUUCAAGCAAUAGCAGAGCCGGAAAGAUCUCUACUGGUCAAACCAACUCCUUCAUGUACAGAUGUAACUUGUAGCACAGUGUCAUAUAGUUUAAACAGAAGUCAAACACAGUACAAUAUAAACCGACAUGAAUUUAUUAUGAAUACCAUACAAAUCUUCACCAUGUGCCAUGCGCAACAUUUCACUUAAGUAGAUGAACUCGGUACUGCGCACAAUUAUGAAGAUAAAUUUGCAAUAUUUCAAAGACAAGGAAACUUUCUGAUACUCAUUAAGUAAGAUGAGUUUCAGUACAUUUUCCCAUUAAAGAACACAUGUGGCUGUAAAGCUGACCUCUCUAUAACAGUUAGGUGUAAAAUACAGUACAUGUUAGCAAUCUUCAUCAUUUGAUAUGAUGAUUAUUUGUAUCUGCUUAUGAUGCUUUGAAGAUUUUAUAUUUUGAGUCCAAAUCUUUUACUAUUCAGACACAUAGAUGUGCUUGCGUGUAAAUACGUGCGCAGUUUCUGUUAUGAACCUUGUAAA